AUGAAUCAUAACAAGGUUAUUGGGCGAAUAUAUGCAGUUUCACAUGAUGAAGGCGAAAAAUUUUACCUUCGGAUUCUUCUUAAUCAUGUUAAAGGACCAACAUCCUUCACAAACUUGAGAACAAUUAAUGGGGUUUUGCAUCCAACAUAUAAGCAGGCAGCACAACAACGGUUGUUAGAAAUAGAUGACAGUAUUCGACAAUGUUUGCUAGAGGCCUCCACAAUUCAGAUGUCGUCAGCUUUAAGAAGAUUAUUUGCCACCAUAUUGGUAUAUUGUGCACCAAUUGGUGUUCAAGGGUUAUGGGAUGAGUUCUAUCCAUUCAUGAUAGAAGAUUAUGUUUCCACAACUAACAUAACUCUCACACUUGCUACAAACAUACUCUUGCGUGAGUUAAACGCACUUUUGGUUCAAUUUAAUAAGAGUAUAAAAGAGUUUGAUUUUCCCCAAAUGACAAGAGGAAUUAAAUCAAGUUCAGGAAUGACAAGAUGUAUUGAAGAUGAAAUAUCCAUAAGUAUUCCACAACAAGAUCUUGAUGCAAUCAAAUGCUUAAAUGAUUACCAAAGAAGUGCAUUUGACACAAUAAUGGGUGCAAUUCAACGAUCAGAGAAUGCAACAUUUUUUGUGGAUGGUCCUGGUGGAACUGGAAAAACUUACUUAUAUUGUGCAUUGUUAGCAAGCUUGAGAAGGUUGGGGCACAUAGUAUUAGCAAUAGCAUCAUCUGAAAGUAACUACAAUAUUGCCUGGGGGAAGAUAAUGAUAUUUGGAGGAGACUUUCGACAAGUUCUUCCUGUUAUCCGGAAAGAAUUUUUACUUCGUGUUGGUGAUGGGAAUGAAGAUGUUAUUAUGGACAAUAUGGUAAAACUACUUGAAUGCAUGGUGAUACCAUGGGAGAGUGAGCAUUCCAUUAAUCUUUUAAUUGCUAAAAUCUUCCCUGAUUUAGAGGAUCAUAUAAAUGAUGCAACAUACAUGGUGGAAAGGGCAGUGGUAACUCCUACAAAUGAAGACGUUGAUAUGUUGAAUGAAAAGAUAAUCAAUAUGUUUCCAGAUUUAGAAGAGACAAUGUAUUCAUUUGAUUCAGUUGAGGAUAACCCAAGGAAUUUGUAUCAGCCAGAGUUCUUGAAUUCAAUUUCACUUGGUGGUUUGCCUCCGCAUAACUUAACUCUGAAAAGAGGUGCUCCAAUCAUGCUUUUAAGAAAUAUUGAUCCGAAAUUAGGAUUGUGUAAUGGUACAAGAUUAUUGUGUCGUGGUUCUUACCAAAAUCUUAUUGAUGCUGAAAUUCUAAUUGGACAAUUUGCUGGAUCCAGAGUUUUCUUACCAAGAAUUCCUCUUAAAAGUACUGAUAUUGCUGGGCUUCCAUUUGAACUUACAAGAAAGCAGUUUCCAAUGAUACUAAGUUUCUCUAUCACUAUAAACAAAUCUCAAGGUCAGACAAUACCACAUGUGGGCAUUUACCUUCCAGAUCAUGUCUUCAGUCAUGGACAAUUAUAUGUGGCUUUAUCGAUAGGGGUCUCAAAAUCAACCACAACCAUAUUGGCAAUGAAAAUGUGGAGCCUCAAUCAUGAACAAAUGGGUGGAAAUUGCAACAUUGAUGUUAAUAUGUAA